AUGUUUAAGUUGACCACUUCUAUUGUGCUACUAUUUUUAACAUUAUGUUUGUUAGAAUCCGCAGACAGCAAAAAAAACACAUUUGCGAUCCAAUGGCCUGUAGGUGUAUGCAGGGGUGCCAACAAACCAACAUCGAAAUGCAACAUCCCUAAAAUAAACACCUGGACAAUCCAUGGCUUGUGGCCUUCGACAAGGAAAACCCCAUUUAAUAUCGAUCCUUUAUUAUCAAUACGCAAAAAAUUGGACGCCCUUUGGCCUGAUGUCACAAGCAACAAUAAUCCUAGAUUUUGGUCGCACGAAUGGGUAAACCACGGCGUUUACUACAAUCAUAUGUUGGAAUACUUUAAGAAGAACCUAAAGCUGAUCGAGGACUAUCAACUUUUCCAGAUACUUCAGAGAGGCGGUAUCACCCCAAGCAACACCAAAACCUACACUCUUGCGCAGGUGAACAAAGCAGUUUUUCGCAAGGUGGACAAAAAAGUCAAUGUUAGGUGCGCAGACAACAAUAACAAGCUUUUGCAGGAAAUCAGGAUUUGCUUGGACGACCAGUAUACAGCCACUGUUGAUUGUGAUGGCACAUCCAACUGCAAUCCAGAUAAGCUGACCACUUUUAUCCUGUACUUGGUAUUAACCUUAUGUCUGUUAGAAACCUCCUAUGGUCAAAACACGUUCGCAAUCCAGUGGCCUGUGGGGGUGUGCAAGAGUGCAAACAAACAAACAUCGCAAUGCAACAUCCCUAGAAGAAACACGUGGACGAUUCACGGCCUGUGGCCACCAGUGACGAAAACCCCAACGUCAGUCGCAUUUAGCGUCAACCCGUUAGCAACAAUAAGAGCUCAAUUGAACGCUCUCUGGCCCGAUGUUACCGGAAACAAAAACCCCGGAUUUUGGUCGCACGAGUGGGGAAAACACGGCGUUUACUACCAAUUCAAAACCCAGAAUCAACUUCUGGAAUUCUUCACGACGAACCUAAACCUGAUCAACGGCUAUCAGCUUUAUACGGUACUGCAACGAGGUGGCAUCACCCCUAGCAACACCAAAACCUACACUCUUGCGCAGGUGAACAGCGCAGUUUCCGGUGCCGUUCGCGCAAAUGUCAAUGUGAGGUGCGCAAACAACAAUUUAAAUGUUUUGCAGGAAAUAAGGGUUUGCUUUGAUGCCCAGUAUACGACUACCGUUAAUUGUGGAGGAAAAUCCAACUGCGGAGCUCAGGUUUAUUAUUACGCCAGUUAAAGUUUUUGAACAUCAGUAAAUAUUAUGCUAUUACCAUAGUAAAAUAAAUAAGAUCAACAAUCAGUAAAAAACUUAAAAUUUUACUGAUUACUUACUACUGAUUCAUUUUAAAAGAGUAUGCUUUCAGAAGUUUAGAGUUUAUUAGCGCGAAGAGUCUUCACUGAAGACAAUUUUAUUGUUAACAACACUUUAAAAAAUUAAAAAGUUCAAAAAAAUUUAGGUUUUCUUGUAAAAAAUAAAUUU